AUGGCCGCUGACAACCAAGACACAUUCGUCGAGGCUACCGCCGGCGAGGAUGGUGCGCCCCUGAAAAUGACCAAGACAAAAUCGUCCGACCAGCCUCCCGAGGGACAGACCCUCACGGGAAAGCAGGAACAUUACCUCAAGCGCGAGCUCAUGGCCGAGCAGAGCAUAUACGAAAUAAACGAGCUCAACUCACCUACAGCCCUCCAGCGCUUUGGCGCCCCGUUUCGAUCCGAACACGGCGAGGUCUCCCCGCAGGAAUCCGAGCUGCCCCUUCUGCGAUACAUCUUUGUCCAUCAUGUCCGCGACUUUCCCUUUCUUGACAAGGCUCGCGAAAAGGAAUUCUGGCAAGACAAGCUACAAGUUUUUCUGGAAUCCUUUGCAACCAAGCACAUUUCCUCCUCCGAAGACCGCCUCGAAGAGACAAAGCGCAGAAAGCUCGCAAUCAAAGCACAAAAGAUGGUUGAGCUCAUGAUGGUCUCUGGAAUUGGCACUUCCUCCGGCUUCGAGGAGCGCAUCCGAUUCUCGGAAAUCGAAAUUGUCGACGCCAGUGCCAUUGACACUGGUGUAAUGCACACGAUUCCCGAGGGCAAUUAUAUCAACGGUUGGGACGUAAAUGUUGCCGCCGUGCGCACCGUCUCAAUCAAGCGCAAUAUUCGCCAGCACAAGCACUCCGAGUUUAUUCUGCGCGUCAAGAAGAAGGGCGAGCUCGAGCACUUUGUAGCUCGCCGCUAUGGUGACUUUGCUCGUCUGCACAAGCGCAUCCGCACUGAGCUGCCCGGCCGCUCUCUUCCCUCACUGCCUAAGAAAAACAAGUCCAACUCCACGGCGUCGACUAUCAUGUCCGCGUUUGGCGGCGGCGGUGACGAUUCCGAUGAUGGAGCUAGUGUGUCCACUGUGUCGACGCGGAUGACUCGCCUUUCUACUGAGCCUGAUGCGCCCUCUGCGAGACUGUCUCCGGCUGGCCACCAAAGAGCCAACUCUCUUCGGUCAACUGUUUCCAGAAACGGCAGUUCACCUCGCCUAUCCUCGGACGGGCGACACGCCCCGGGUGGCGCUUCUCCAAACUCUGCUCCUAAUGGAGAGACUGUUGUCCUUGGUCGCGAACGGCAGCGAAUUUCCCUGCGAUCCUUCAUUCGUUCUAUGUUACAUAACCCGCAAGUAGCUAACACCGCUGCCAUGGAGCAUUUCUUGACGGCGGACUCCAUAACACCAACUGACGAAGAUGUGGAGGACAUUGUCCGUCGCAAGGCUCUGGACGAGAAGCGUGUUGAGGAGCAAAAGAACUUUUACGAAAUUGCUCGUAAACGUGCAGCGGAGCUCGACGAAUACAUGGAACAGUUCCGACGUGAUAUUGUCGAGCGCAACGGUCUCACUAUGCUCUUCAAGGAAAUCAAGGAGAAGAAGACGAUCGGAGAUCUUAGCAUACAGUAUCGCAAGUUUGCCGAGUGGCUACGCAUCGAAGUCGCUGCCGUCAUCUACCAUCUGUUCCUGGCCGAGGACAACUCUCCAGAAGUGUUUGCGCAGGCACGCAGAAUCCACUCUCUGGUGCCAUAUAGCAUCAUCAAGAAUGUGAUUCGCAUUGCCAACCCGGCCGCCGUCAUGUCGGGGAUCCUGGAUGUCUUCAUGGCGCAGCCCUUUGGCACGCGCUCCUUGCUGCAGCGCAUCUUUUCUCUGACCCUGAAUGACGGAAUCAAGAGCUUCCAGAAAUCCAUCGACACCCUCAACGCCAAGAUUGGUGACCCCGUCUUUUCGGAGAAGCUGCAGCGUUAUACAAAGGCCGAGGAGCACAUUAAGAUUGCCAUCCGCCAAGAGGCGGAGAGCGAGAACAUGGAUCUCGUCGUCACUAUUUUGCGCUCGGAUCAGCUGGAGCCUGAGCUGACGGGACCGCAGGUCCAGCGCCUCUUCAAUGCCUACGUCGCCUUCAACAAUGCCGUGGAGAACGUUGAUGAGGAGCUCAAACAGGGCGCCGAGCUCUUCUCCCACCUUAAGCAGCUGCUCAAGCUGUGCACCCGCCAGCGUGACAAGGCUAUGAUGCUGAACCUCGUUGAAGAGCCUGUCACGCUGCAGCUCUUCCGCGACUUGUUCACUAUUUUCUACGAGCCGCUCGUCCGCGUCUACAAAUCGGCCAAUGUCUACAACAGCGUGUCAGACUUUGCUGUCUUCUUUGAUGACAUUAUCCAGACCGUGGAUAAGUGUCGCGAGCAAGAUGCGUCGGCUGACCCGAAUCAGACGGUGCAGGCGUUUAUCGACCUCUGCCAGCGCCACGAGCACAACUUUUACAAGUUUGUCCACGAGGUUCACACGCACGACAACGGACUCUUCACUCAGCUCAUGGGGUGGAUUGAAGGGAUCCUCGAGUUCCUGCGCAAGGGCCCUAAGAAUGGCAAGCUCAACGUCAAUGCCCUCUUUGAAGGCGGCGUCAGCGCAGGCGCUAUUGAGAAGGAGAAGGCUAUAGACGAAGUCAAUGCGCUUAUUGCAUGGCAAGAAGCCCGCAAGAAGUGGCACAAUGAUAAGACGCGACAAAAGAUGGCUGCCGAGUCCAACACGGCCGGUGGUGGCAUGGGCGGCAGUUUGGUAGGUGGAUUGAGCUUUGACGUCUCCGACUUUGGGCUGGAUAGCGCAGAUGUUGAAGACUUUAACAACUUUCACGAAGAAGACUCGGAAGACGAGCUGGAAGCGGAAGCAGAAGACGAGAUGGACCCGAUUGAGGCGGAGCGCCGCCGCCGCCAGAAGCAGCAGCAUACCCUCCGCCGCAGGGCGGGUGAGCCCGUCAAGCCCGAGAUUAGCGAGGUGCACAAGCUCAAAGACAACUUUUUGGUCAUGCUGCGCGAGGUGCUCGCGGAUUAA